GCCUGGCGUCCAUUUUAGCCAGGAAGCUGUGUUGUGUUUACAGUUUGUUGCCAUUCCCUCGUGUAGCUGUGGUAGGAGCGCCUGUGUGCAGUUCAUUUACGCAAAAAUGUCAGAAUCGGGCGCCUCUCCGGCUAAGAUAAAGAAGAUGGACCCGACAGAGGAAGUACACGAGACGCGGGAGUAUGAUCCAGAGACCCAAAGAGCAUUGGAGGAAAUAGACUCUUGUCAGAAUGAAAUUGAUCAACUCAACGAAAAAGCAAGUGAGGAAAUCUUGAAGGUAGAACAGAAGUACAACAAACUAAGAAAACCAAACUUCGAGAACCGGAGCAAAAUUAUCCAGAGGAUUCCCAACUUCUGGGUGACAGCCUUUGUAAACCAUCCCCAGAUUUCUGCUAUUCUUGAAGAAGAAGAGGAAGAAUGCCUACAUUAUUUGACCAAAUUAGAUGUAGAAGAGUUUGAUGAUAUUAAGUCAGGCUACAGAAUUAAAUUCCAUUUUGAUGAAAAUCCAUACUUUGAAAAUGAAGUUCUUACAAAAGAAUUUCAUCUCGGCUCAACAGGUGAUCCUGCAUCACAGUCAACAGACAUUAAAUGGAAGGAGGGACACAACCUCGUUGAACGGUUUCGACAGAGGAUGCAACAAGGGGAGAGAGGUGGGACGGGGCGGAAGCGUCCCUUGGAACUUCGGUCAUUCUUUUCCUGGUUUUCUGACCACGGAGAUCCAUCGGCUGAUGAAAUUGCAGAAGUCAUCAAGGAUGACAUGUGGCCGAAUCCCCUGCAGUAUUUCCUGGUGCCGGAUAUUGAAGUAGAGAAUGGUGAAGGCAACGAGGAUGAGACUGACUUAGAAGAUGAAGAAGUGGAUGAUAAUGUGGUGGUGGUGGAGGAGGAGAUUGAGGAGGUGGAUGAAGAAGGUGUAGAAGAAGAGGAGGAAGUGGAGGCACAAGGGGAAGAAGAUGGUGAAGCAGAUGAGUGAGGAAGGCCAAAGCAGUGGCUAUGAAGAUCGUGGUAAAAAAUUCGACCUACGCUCUAUCAGUCAAAAAUAGGAAUGGUCUUUAUGGAUCUUUUUAUCAGACCGUUGCUAGUUAUAAAAUAGAUUGAUUUUAGUUAGUUACUGUUCUCAUUAAGUAUACUUCGAUUUUAUUUUGUAAGCAAAGGAAAAAAUGAGAAAUAAUUUUGUAAUGGUCAGUAUUUGUGAAGUUUAUCAUGGUAACCAAUUUAGCUAAGACAGUUAUGUAAAAAAUUUUAUUUGAAUUAUUUUGUUGAUUUCUAUAUCAUGUGUAAUUGGGGAAGAAACAGUUUCCAUUGAAUAUAGAAAGCUGAAGUUACAGUGUAAGACCUAAAACAAAAUAAUGGAAAGCAGCAGACUGGGGAGACAAAUUUUUUUAUAAUUUUAUUUGAACAUUUUUCUCAUAUGUUGCCCAAAUGAUGAUACCCUACGUAUGUUAUCACGUGUACAAUGGGUAUGCAGUAAUUUACAAAUGUUUCAAAUAUUACUCCUUUUUAUGACUUAGAUUGCUAAAGCUAUAUUGUUGCAAGCACCUACCAUACCCAUUGAACACAUGAAUUUGAGAGUUGUAUGCUACAAGACAACUAACAGUGUAGGGAUUAUAAUUAGCAUUACUUUAAUAGAAUGGCAAGACUAAUCAUGUACAAGUUUUCUACAAUGGGAACAAAAGUAAUAUGUCAUGAUGUAUGAUCAUUCCUAGCAUUAAAAGUCAGUUUUGUAA